CCAAACUAUCCGGCUCGUUUCGUCUCGCUGGCGCGCGCGCGGCGCUCUUCGCGCGUCUUUCGAAGCCGAGAAUUUGGACGAAGACGAUCUGUAUCCUCUUUUUCGUCGCCAGAAUGUCUUUGCACGAGCGAUAAUUUUAACGAUGAAAGUAUACCACACAGUGAUCGUUUUCAAGUAUGAGUUUUACCACGAUCGUUGAAUCAAAUUGUCAAAAUUCGAAUAAAACCCUUCGAUUCGGUUUUGAAACUCAAAGGAAAAAAGGCCACAAAAUUCCAGCUACAGUGUACAAAUGAACGCGUCGUAAAACACCAUGAAACUUUGGACGUUGAAGUUGUAAAAAAAACCAGUGCUUUUGACGAAUAAGUGGAUAAAGACUCGGCUCGCAGGGAGACGCUGGAAAAAGUAUAACGCCGCUGCUGCUGGCCUGCCACAGCCAUAAUAAGUAAAAUAAUAGUAAAACACGUGCGCGCACGAGCGGGCCGCGCUCGCCUCCUACACGUACCCAUAAGAUUCGCUUCUCGGUCAAACGCUCGGAGACCGAGAGAGAGAGAGCUUUUAUGUCGCGAAACGCCGGCUGCUGACGACUUCCACCGUAGAUGCCUGCAUAUAUGCAUAUAUACAGAGAGGCCUGGCACAGCACAUAUACCACGGACGAUCGAUUCCUCGCGGCCUGUAACGACUGUACGUGAGAGCUUCCGGCGAUUAUCCACAGACACACACACAUAAACUGGUGCACGUGCAGCAGACACGCACAUGCUUAUACGGCGGACUGCAGCAGUAGCAGCGCGCGUGCAACGCACAAAGAGAUUGAGAACAGCGCUUUUACGAGCCGCAAGCCCAAGAUAUAUAGGUAUAUCAACUUGCCGAUCGAGACAAUAAACCGUGUGUGAAUAAAGGGUGAAUCAUGGAGACCCUGUACACGGGUGCGGUGCACGGCUUCCCGCCGUCGUCGCACGGCAUGCCUAACGGUCUGGCCGCGCCGUUCGAUCAAGAUGGCGUGCUGAGCCUGGUCGUCGUGCUCGGCGGCAGUCUGUCCCUCGUCGCUCUCAUCUUCGCUUUCAUCACAUACAGUCUCUUUUCAGAUCUGCGAAGUUUAGCCGGAACUACGUUAAUGAAUUUGCUCGCAGCACUUUUCAUGGUGCAACUCUUAUUUAUCGUCGGAGUUGGAGGCGUUCAGGACUCAGAGCUAUGUGUAUCACUCGGCAUGAGUCUACAGUACUUGAGAGUAUCAGUUGUCUGUUGGCUGGCUGCAAUGUGUCAUCAUCUCUAUGCAACUGUAGCAGCUAUUCCAAGCCGUGAUGAUCCACCAACGUAUCUCAAAUACAGUGUUUUUGCUUGGGGCGCACCACUUAUUACACUCGGUUUUGCCAUUCUUAUUCAAAUUCGAGAAACAAAUGAUAUAUGGAAAGUCAAUGACUUGAUGCCAUUCAAUUGUUGGUUUUUAGGAGCUAAAGCUACCGUUUAUGCAUUUGGAAUUCCCGUGAUAGUUCUUCUUUUAAGUUCAGGCUAUUAUUUACUCAAAGCUGCGAUUGUAGCAAGAUAUACAUGCAGUAUGCAACUGGAGGUUAAACAAAGAGAAAAAAUGAAAAGGCGAAGAACAUUGCAGCUUAUGUUAUUUUUAAAAGUUAGUAUGAUCAUUGGACUUGUGGCUGGCUGCGGUGUAGCAUCAAGAGUGUGGAAAGUCCCAUUUUUGUGGGCUAUUUUUUGCACAGGUCACUCAUUACAGGGUUUAGCUGUUGCAUUAUCAGUUGCCUGUAACUGCCGCGUCUUGAAGGUCUACUCAAGAAAUUCGUAUAAACAACCAAAACACCAAAUAGCCAAAUCAUCUAGUAUGCAGCUUCUUGCGCCAGCACCUGAUCCGGUCUAAAACAACACAAAAAUUAAUCAAAAACAUCGCUAUUUUACAUCGACUUUCGAAAGUUAUAUAGGAUUGUUAAUGAUAAUUUAAAAGCGUGAAUAUAUCAAUGACUAAUGUAUAAAGUUGUUACGAGAAUACCGAAGCUAGAUGUAGUUAAAGUUGUUAAACACAUUUCCUAUAAUUGUUUACGACUGUUUCGCUAAAAUGCAUACGUGCGAAGAUCAACAUAAGUUAAGGCCUUUGAGUAGAUUUUUCGAGAAAAAAAUCAAUGUAGAUUAUGAGAAACGUGUUAAGCAAAGUUCAUUUCCCAACUGGCUUCGGCGUCUCCAUGAUGAUUAUUUUUGCAGUAAGCUUUUGAGUAUAUCAAUUAAAAUAAAUAAUUACAUAAUCAUUGCAGAAAAUUAUUCAUUAAAUAAUAAUAUAUUCAUAUGCUGAAAGUGUACUCAUGCAUAGCCUUAUCUCUCAAAAUAAUAAUAAAAACGCUGCAAAAAGUAUGAUAUACCGUACCGAAAUCAAAAAACUUUUGUAUUCGUAAAAAAUUGAAACCUCAGUUAAUUGCGCUCAAGAUUUUUAUUACUUCAGAGUGCAUCUAGUCCAGAUUUAUUCAUUGAAAAAAGUGCUACGUUUUUUGUUUGAACUAUCAAUCACUCUAUAGUUGUUGAUGUCAAGAAUUUAUGGGAAAUUGGGUCAAACUAAUACAAACAAGUUCAUUUUUCAUACAACCAUACUAAAAUUUUCUAAAACUACAAUAAAGACGAAAUAAUGGCGAAGCGUUUCAGCGUUUAUUAAAUUCUUUUAUUAUUGUAAGUUUGGAAAUGAGAUCAAUUGU